AUGUCUUCCACAACACCACACCCCGUUUUCUCCCCCUCCAACCUCGCCGUCAUCACCGGCGGUGCUUCAGGAAUCGGCCUAGCCCUCGCCCAGAAAUGCGCGUCCUACGACAUGAACGUGCUAAUCUGCGAUAUCAACGCCGCCAACUUGAAGGCUGCGAAAGAUGUUAUCAAGGGCAAGGGCAAGGGGAAGGUCGAGACGGUGGAGCUUGAUGUUAGUAAGUUGGAGGAUUAUGAGAAGGUCGAGAGUGUGGUGGAGAAGGAGUUUAAUGGCAGAAUUUCCCUGCUCGCUCUUAACGCCGGCACGACUGCAAGGGGUACUUGGGGUGACAGUGCCUACUUUGCGCAUAUCCUCAACACGAACCUCUUUGGCGUCAUCAACGGCCUUAACACCCUCUUGCCCCUCGCAACCGAGCACUCCACAGCCUCAAACCCCACCUCGAUAAUCAUAACAGGCUCCAAACAAGGAAUCACCAACCCGCCCGGAAACCCCGCGUACAACGCGUCCAAAGCCGCCGUGCGAACACUGGCGGAGCAGCUCUCCUUGGACCUCUCGCGAUCCACGCCCACGACAUCAGUGCAUCUGCUCGUCCCGGGCUGGGUCUUUACAGGAAUGACUGGGAAUGCGGCGUUUGGAGAGGCGCAGAGGGAGAAGCCAGAGGGUGCGUGGAGGCCAGAGCAGGUGGUCGAGUAUCUCGAGGCGAGGAUGGCCGAGGGCAAGUUCUAUGUUAUCUGUCCUGAUAAUGAUGUUAGUGAGAGUACGGAUCGGAAGAGGAUUGCGUGGGCCACGAAUGAUUUGCUGACGGGGAGGCCGCCGUUGACGAGGUGGAGGGAGGAUUAUGUGAAUGAGGCUAAUGAGUGGAUGUCAAAGCAGCUU